AUGGAAAACCCUAACCAUGACGGCGCCGCUUUUCCACCCCUCACCGACCACGAACCCACGGCGCACCAAUCGGAGCCCGCCGCAUCCCGGCAGAGUUUUGACAGCAGCCAUAGGCAGUUGAUCCAAUCAAUGGUGGAAAACUUGUCGGAGUCGGAGAAGGUCAACCUAAUAUUGACAGCCGCCAUGAGGUACGCCGUCGUGCGCGGAGACCUCAUUACGGCGCUGGCCAGGAACGAAUCUAGGACGAUCUGCAUCCAUAUCCUAGCCUGUGACGCGACAACACCAGUUAAGGUGUUUCGUGUGCUUAACGAAUUCGGGGGCAUGGAUAACGCCCACUUCCAGUGGUAUUUCGAACCGGAUUACGUCAUUGCUAUGGUCUCUUUUGUCGAUCCAAGGGCCGCAACACGGGUCCUCCAGACGUCGGCUGAGGAUGUGGAGGAGCUUCAGCUCCAAUGGCAUGCCUACACUGCCGAUUGCGCCGCCUGCCGUCGGGCGUGGACGGAACCCCCAAAAAAUAAAGAAAUGGAUAGUGAAGAAGAAAUGAAAAAGGCCGAUGAUGGAAGAAAACAAGGAGGAGGAGGAGCAGCAGCAGAAAAGGACGAAGAAAACGAGUCAGGGUCGCCAAAAGAUUGA